GCGGCUCAGGGUCGGCUCUCGGUCCAGGUGUUCUGGCCGGGCCGUGCGGGGCGGCGACGGUCUCAUCGAGGCGCCCCCUCGCCAGGGGGUAAAAGCAGGGAGGAGCCGCCGGUCCUCCUUAACCCCUUCCCCCGGCGGGAUGGGGAUGGGCCGUCCCACCGGGCGCGCUCCCCCGCCCCCUCGCGCGCCGCGUUCUUCCCGGAUCGCCGCCACUGCUGGGUCCGCGGGGCGCGCGCGCGAACGGGCGGGAGCGGACGCGGAGCCUCCCGGCACCCGCCAGACAUGUCGGUGGCGUUCGCGGCCCCGAGGCAGCGGGGCAAGGGCGAGAUCACGCCGGCCGCCAUCCAGAAGAUGUUGGAUGAAAACAAUCAUCUUAUCCAGUGUAUAAUGGACUAUCAGAACAAGGGAAAGACUUCUGAAUGCUCUCAAUACCAGCAGAUGCUGCAUACAAACUUGGUUUACCUAGCCACUAUAGCUGACUCCAACCAGAACAUGCAGUCUCUACUACCAGCACCACCCACACAGAAUAUGCCUAUGGGUCCGGGCGGGAUGAGUCAGAGCGGCCCUCCCCCACCCCCGCGCUCGCACAACAUGUCUUCAGAUGGUAUGGUAGGUGGGGGCCCUCCUGCACCACACAUGCAGAACCAGAUGAACGGCCAGAUGCCUGGGCCCAACCAUAUGCCUAUGCAAGGACCUGGACCUAACCAGCUCAAUAUGACAAACAGUUCCAUGAAUAUGCCUUCAAGUAGCCAUGGGUCCAUGGGUGGCUAUAAUCACUCAGUGCCAUCAUCACAGAGCAUGCCAGUGCAGAAUCAGAUGACAAUGAGCCAGGGACAGCCGAUGGGCAACUAUGGGCCCAGACCAAACAUGAAUAUGCAACCAAACCAAGGUCCAAUGAUGCACCAGCAGCCUCCCUCCCAGCAAUACAACAUGCCACAGGCAGGUGGCCAGCAUUACCAGGGGCAGCAGCCACCGAUGGGAAUGAUGGGCCAAGUUAACCAAGGAAAUCACAUGAUGGGGCAGAGACAGAUUCCUCCAUACAGGCCACCACAGCAAGGCCCACCACAGCAGUACUCAGGCCAGGAAGACUAUUAUGGGGACCAAUACAGUCAUGGUGGACAAGGUCCUCCAGAAGGCAUGAACCAGCAAUAUUACCCUGAUGGUCAUAAUGAUUACGGUUAUCAGCAACCGUCGUAUCCUGAACAAGGCUACGAUAGGCCUUAUGAGGAUUCCUCACAACAUUACUACGAAGGAGGAAACUCGCAAUAUGGUCAGCAGCAAGAUGCAUAUCAAGGACCACCCCAACAGCAGGGUUAUCCACCACAGCAACAGCAAUAUCCCGGCCAACAAGGCUAUCCAGGACAACAGCAGGGUUAUGGUCCUUCCCAGAGUGGUCCAGGACCCCAGUAUCCCAAUUAUCCACAGGGACAAGGACAGCAGUAUGGGGGAUACAGACCCACGCAGCCUGGGCCACCACAACCACCACAGCAGAGGCCUUACGGAUAUGACCAGGGUCAAUAUGGAAAUUAUCAACAGUGAAAAAGUACUCACAUUCCGGUAGGCAAAAUCUAUUAGCAGCCAUAUUGUCUCCUCAGCACUGUGGACAUCUUCCCGAGAUGAGAACCUCCCAUUCCAUCUAGAUUUUGGAAAAAUCUUGUGGCUGUUUUAUGGUAUACAGUCUUUAUGGGUUAAUUGUUAAAGACUGUAGAUUCUCCGAAACUAGUUUCACAUCUCUACUCUAGAUGGCAAUAUUGGACAGAAAAUCUGUGACAUAACAAUUUGCAGUGAGUCGAGAACUGUAUGUCAAAUAUACUGUUACAGACUGAGAGGUGCGAACAGCUUUGUAUGUUUAUGAAGGUUAUGGGAAUUUAAUAUUUUUUCCACAGAUUUUUUUUUGUAGGGGGAAAGGGGAAAUGCACACUUUUUACAGCAGCAAUAUUUUGUAUAUUAUGUUUUACAUGUGGUGAAUAUGCAAGACAGUACACUACUCGCUGGGCAGGAUAACAAAUCUACUGUUAAAAUGGGUAUGGGCAUGGUAAAUGCUUGAUUGUAUUAGUCUCGAAAUGGUGUACAAUAAAGAUAACAGUGAAAAGAUGGAGAGCAUUCUAUGUCACUGAUGGGUUCACAUACAAAGAUUGAGAAUCCCAGUUAUCUAAAUGGGAACAUAAUUAAGGACAGUGUAAUAUAGUCUUGUGCAAAGAUAAAUUUUUUAAGCUUUCCAAUUUUUCUGAGUGAAGCGGUUUUGUAAAAAUUGUUUCUAACAUAGUUUGACAAUUUUUUGCAACAUUUUUUGGGUAACAAGAUAAACGUUUGGGUUUUAUUUCUCAAGUGUUUUGUCAGAGCUUUGCAUAAGCAAGCUGUAAUCCUUCUUAAUAAUUGCAAUAACAAAGAAAAUGACAAGUGUUAAUUUUACUUGGCUUGAGUAUGCAAAGAACUUGAAAAAGAAUAUGGAGAACAGGACUGUAUUGUAUAAGUGUAUUUUAACCUUUAGUUGAAUAAUUUGUAUGUAUCGAAAUAGCCUAGAGGACUUUGUAAAACCUAUCUAAACUUUUGUCAUGGUUUAGGAAUGGUGUCCCACAAUUUUAGUCUUCCCACUGACACACUCCAAGCCACAUGCUGCUCACUUGCUCCCCACUCUCCCUCCCCUUCCCUUGUGGCAGGUUGGAGAGGAGAAUCAGAGGCACAAAAGGUAAAGAUCACGGCUUGAGAGAACUGUUUACUGGAAACAGCAAAAUGAAAAUGAAGGUAACGGCAGCAAUGCGAGUGCCAGAGGGUGCAAGAAAGAGGUGAAGGCUUCACACGUGGUUGAUGCUCACCACACAGAGCCCGGUUCCACCCCAUGCUACACUACCUGGAAGGGUCCCCUAGAAGGGUCCCCUGAAAAUGAGGUGUCCCCUCCUGGCUACUGCAAAAAUUAACCCUGUCCUGGCCGGAACCAGGACAACUUUCCUAACUGGGAGUUAAUAACUUCAGAAAAGGGGCAUUUUUAUUUUUGCCCAUUUUUCUUACUGGUUAACAUGAGACCAAGGGGAUGUUCUACCAUUAAGUAUAAAACCUGUUGAUGAGGCAAAUGCCAAAUUUUGUUUGGAACUGCAUUAAUGCUUAUAGUGUUGCAUGUGAGAGAGGCAGUACCGUGGUCAGUAACAACAGUACACAAAAAAAUUGGUUUUGAAACUGCCCUACUACUGUGUAUCAGAUAAAUAAAUGGAUAUUCUAUUCUGCAGAAAUACAUGCAUUCAAGAAUCCCUUGCAACUUUUAUAAAUGAUAAAACCUAAAAUUAACCCAGGAGUAAAAUAAUAUUUUGUGGUUUUUCAGUUUGCAAUCAAUGUUCGGGGGAUAAAAAACAACUCGUGUUCAUAGUAUGUGUGACAUUAUAAAUGGAAGACAAGAUUUUAAAUUUGUGCAUCCUUUUUAAAAGGAAAACAGUUUUCUUAAAGUCAAUCGAAAAUACACAUCAAGAUUUGAACAGAUAUGGCAUGAGGAACAUUAUGAAUUAAAAUCUUGUAGGUUCUGUGCCAAUUUUCCACCACUGUGUACUUCAUUGCUAUUUAAAACUGUACUCCAUCAAUUCUAACGGAAGAAUAAAUUAUUUGUGAUUUUAA